AGCGGCCUGGAACAUUUGUAAUCCGACAUUAGCCGUCUGCGGAUCGUGGCCCGAAGACGAGACCGAGCGACCGACCGAGACACGCAUAGAAAAAUAUCCCCAAAGCAGCAGCAGCAUCGAGCAGAAGAUUCCCCCCAGUCCAUUUUUCAUUCCAUUCUCCUCCUGACUGCUGGAUUCGUGUUUCGCGUUUUCUUCUUUGAGAGAGCAGCAGCAGCAGCAGCAGCAGCAGCAGCAGCGCAGCGCUGAGCGUGUUUUUGCCGAGAGAGCUGUCAAAGCGUCACAGUUACAGUUAGUUGACAUUAAUCCGCCCGAGCAGCGGUAAAGAGACGAAAGAUUAACGAGGGGGAGCAAAUACGAGAAAUACACGAAAAAUACGUGAUUCGCGAGUGCAAAAAAUAAACAACAAAUAAAACAAAAACGAAGGAAGAGAGAGAAACGAAGAAAUAUCCCAGAGAACCCAAAGUGUCGAGUGUGUCCCCCCCGAGUGUGAUUCCCGCUCCUAGAAAUGGUUCGGAGCUGUAGCUGCUCCCUGGCACUGGCCCUGGCCCUGGUGGCCGUCCUCGUUGUGGCCACGUCCGUCUCCGCCUCCGCCUCCGACUAUCCCGGCGUCAUCGAGCUGGUGGGCUACAGCAAUCGCAGGGCGCGCGCCUACUUCCAGGAGGAGGAUGCCAAGCCGCAGGCCAAGCCCAACCCCCCGUCGGCCAAGACCCGAGCGGACAUCGAGACUGUGAAGCGGAACAUCCGCAAGUACGACCGCCUGCUGGAGCUGGACACCAAGAACCUGCCCGAGCAGCAGAAGGACAUGCUGGCCAGGAUCGUGGAGCGGGUGGCGCGACUCAAAGAGUCGCUGGACAUCGAGGAGCAGCAGUUCAGCCAGCAGCAGGAGGCCACCUCCUCCAGGACCACCAGCACCAGCAGCAGCAGCACCUCCACGACCCAACAGCAAACGGAGGCGGAAACGGAGCAGCUGGAGCUGGCGGAGGAGCAGAGCACGCUGCCACCCACUGGCUCCACGGAGACCGAAACGGACCCCACCCUGCUCCUCGAUGAGACGACGCUCCUGGAGCUGCAGCACACGAUGAACGAGCAGGCAGUGCUCCAGGCGGCCGUCACGCAGCAGACGACGCUCAUGAAGGAUCUGCCCACCACCACGGACUUCAGCCAGGAGGCGGGCACCGGGACGAGCGACCACAACGAGGAGGAGGAGACGGGCGAGACGACCUCGUCGAGUCUGACGACGCAGCCAGAGCUGAGCCAGGAGACGGAGGAGCAGUCCCAGGAGGAGCACGAGCAGGAGCAGGAGCAGGCGGCAGCCUCCACCACCAGCGACGAGGCCCUCACCGAUGCCACCGAUCCCGACGACCAGUUCGUGGCCGCCCGCUCCAACAACAACAUUGCCGCCAUCACGGCGGCAGACGCGGAUCCCAGCGGCACCUCCACCACAGCCGCAGCCACAGCCGCAGCCGCGAACGCGGGCAGCCAGCAGCGCACCCUCACGACGAUGGGGAAGCUGAAGCACCGCCAGGCCACCAAGCGCCCCUUCGGCCACAAGGUCACCGCCGCGGCCCUCAAGCGCGGCGCCCAGCGGCCCACCAGCAACAGCGCGGCGGCGGCCAAUGCGGCGGCAGCCUCGAAGCCACCCAGCCCAGGCACCACCCAGAAGCAGAAGCUCUCCACCACCAGCGCCGGCUACCAGCAGAAGCAGCAGACGAAGCCCGCCCUGCAGAAGGUGACGCCCUCAAUUGGUGCAUCCUCCUCCUCCCUGCCCUCAUCGGCCUCUGCCCUGCCCGCGGCCACCACCAACUCGGCGAAUCCCGGCCUGCCCAUCGAGCAGCUGUACACACGGACGCCACAGGCCAACAUUCCCCCUCUGGCAGCGGCAGCGGCAGCCUCAUCCUCCGCAGCAGCAGCAGCAGGAGCGGGAGCGGGAGCAGGAGUCCUGGCUGCCUCCACGUACAGCAGCCAGCAGGAUGGCCUCGUCUACGAUGGCCACGUGAAUGCCUCGGCGCUCAUCGACAGCCUCAGCACGAAUGCACGCGAGGAGUACUACCAGCAGAAGCUGGGCUCAGCGGUCAACAACAAGGACAAUAAGAAAACGGCGACAGCGAAACCAACGAAAUAUCAUUAUUAUCCGCAUAAUCAACACAUCUAUCUGCUGCCCGAGUGCGCCAUCCAGCAGGUCUGCAACGCGGUCUACGUGAGACUCAACUACACCCAGCCCCUGUGCGCCUGUCCAUCAAGGUACCGCGAUCCCUGCUCCGCCAGCCUCAACGAGGAUGAUCAGCACACCACGAAAUUGGUUGGUGAUAACAAAAAGAAGGCCAUCACGCUGGCCAAGACCUGUGAGGCCACAACGGAGAUGCGAGAGUGCCGCUCGCCCAAGGACUGGUCCCUGCUGGCACUGCAAAACACGCGGACUGGCAAAUCCCACUAUCUGGUCAUCUGCCGCUGCCCCGAUCACUUCAAAAUGGAGGGACCCAUGGCCCAUGAUCAGCCCACGUAUGCGAGCGUCCCCGGCAUCCGAGUCUUUGGCAUGAUGUGCGUCAAGCCGGGCUACUCCGUGCGCAAGCCCAGCAGCCAGCCGCCGAAGCGCUACCAGCUGCAGAAACCCUUCUAUCGCCCCUCGGUGGGUGGCUCCAGCUCCCUGGGUGGGCAGAAGGACAGCUACGGCAGACCCAUCUACGGGGGUUCGUCCAGCAGCUCCUCCAAUCUCGGGGGAUCGCCCAUCAGCUCCAACUACCAGCCGCAGGACCAGCAGUCCUUCCAGAACGGCGGCCCCAGCAGCUCCUACCAGUAUCUGAACCGCCCCGAGAGCACCCACAGCACCCACAGCAGCCACAGCUCCUCCUCGGCCAACUUCCGGCCCGACCAGUUCACCAUCAACAACUUCCCGGGCAGCAACUACGGACGGAACAACGAGCGACGCGGCGACAUGGCGCCCAUUGAGGCAAUCGGCAGUGGCACGGGCGCCGGCACCGAGGAGCAGCCCGGCAGCAGUACGCCGGCCAGCGAGGAGGCCAGAACCACACUUCAGGCGCAGGAGGUGCAACAGGAGCAGGAGCAGGAGCAGGAAUCAGAGCCCGCGGCGGCGGCUGCUGCGUCGCCCGUGACAACGCUCCCAGAGCCGGCUCUGGAGGGCAGCACUCGCAUCCGACGCUCGCUGGCAGAGACGCUGGAGCUCGACCCGGAGCCAGAGUUCCCCUGGGAUCGUGUCGUGGAGUUCCAGCAGAGCAUUGUCUGGGACUAGGACUGCACAGCCUUAACAUCAAAAUCCUAGCAAAUACAAUUUCUAACGGCACGCGACACGCGCG